CUGGCGGCAAAAGUUGCAACUCGUUGGUGGGGCGAAAAGAUCCGCAGCAGCUGUUUGUGUUUUGCGUUGAGGCAUGAGAAGAAUGGAACCUUAAUUGCAUCCUUUAAAUCGCACCCUGCGAGGCUGGUUUCGUCCUGAACGACCCUUCGAAGGCCGACAGGAAUUAUAAAACUUUUCAAAUCGGGAAAAUGCACUCGUCGAUUAAGGUGUCGAACCUGCAGCACGGUGAGGUCCUGACGUACCCCCUGGUGAUGGUCAAGGGCCAGGUCACGGGUCACAAGGAGGUCAAGGUCAGCGGCCUCAUAUCGGUCAAGACCAAGGGCACGGACCAGGACUGGCCGGUGGUGGGGGGCGCCUUCAAGAUCCUGCUGCGCCUCCACCAGGGCAAGAACAAGAUCGAGCUCAGGUUCGAGUCCGUCUCGCUGCAGAUCAACCUUUGCUUCGAACCGCCUGACCGCAAGUUCGUCGUCACGCCCCUCUACAUCGUCUCCAAGGAUCACGACGGGCAUUUUCAGGGUGCGGCGGGGGCGGACUGCUCGCUGGGGGCGGCCCUGGCGCGGAUCCAGCUGGGGGCGCAGCUGCUGCAGAGCGUGCUGGCCGAGAAGCUGUGGGAGGAGGGGGUGGGGCGCCGCACCUUCGGCCUGGAGCGCGACCCGCAGGUGCACCGCAGCGACCUGAGCGCGGAGGCGGCCCUGGAAAUGGCCCCCGAGGAGCUCUGGGCGCACUUUGGCCGCGAACUGGUCACCAAGUGGGGCCCCGAGGAGGCCCAGCGCCGCAAGUUCGUCGCCUUCCUGGCCUGCACCAGGUACCAGGGCGGCCCCCACCCUUCAGGUCUCCUCCACGAGCAGAUCCUGGCCCUCACCAAAGGCCACGCGGCCCUCGGCGGCGGCGGCCUCGCCCUCUUCGGCACCGCCUGCCUCCACACCUGGCCCACCACCCUUGAAAACGUCCUCCCUUGCUUCGCAGACACCACCCCUGUUGACCAGACGAUCCUCAUGGACGACAGCGGAUACAGGGGCACGUACGGCGGCUGCUACUCGACUACCCUGGGGGCGGUGCUGCACGAGCUGUGCCACACGUUUGACCUGGGUCACACGAAGAAGGGCAUCAUGGGGCGCGGCUUCGACCGCAUGGACCUGAUCUUCCGGCCGGAGGCUGCGGCCGACGUGCCGAGCACGCCGCCCGCCCACCAGGUCGUCGACUUCACCGUCAACCUCAAGGUCGAGUGCGUGACCUCGGCCGAGCCCAAGGUCGAGGUCAAGCCGCAGCUCAAGAAGUCGCGCAGCGGCGGCGCCAACAGCCUCCUCCUCAUGGACUGCACCGACCACAUCUACUUCACCCAGAGCUGCGCCGCCAUCCUUGCCUUCCACAGGUGGAUAAACGACGAAAAACUGGUCAAGACCGGCAGCAUUUCUUUUGACAACGAGAGCUGGACGAUCAAAUCGAGCGUGGGUCUGCGGGUGGUGGAGGUGCGAGAGGGCGAGACGCAGCUGGUGUGCAACUGGUGGUGCUUCAGCCCGAGCCGGCUGCUUUUUGUCCUGCCCAGGUCAAGCAUUGCCGAGAAAAGCAAGUCGGCGCCGCUGCUGCUCUUCGCGCAGGACGUCGGCGGAAACAUCUUCAAAACGAAUCUUCCUCUUUAGAAAGAAAAUAAGGAUCUGGAAUUCUGCCAAAGCGGAGCCGAUGUGAUAUGAGAAAGUGUGAUGCCGGGAGGUCCUUCCUUUUUAAAUUUACUCAAAGCAUAGCUCUCUUGAUCUCUCUUUGAUUUUAUCGUUUAGCAUUUUAAAAAAAGCACAAAAUAUAUUCAUAGAGUAAACUCUCGAUUCAAAUGCAGCUUUAGAGGUGUGGACGGAAAAAUAGGAAAUCCAUAUCAGCCAAUGUUUAAUCUGCUGCUACUAAAAUUAAAAUUAAAACGCCAAUCGCAAAGUGAUGAAAUUGUUCAUUUUAUUUCUGCACAAAUAUCAAAUUAUUGAAAAUUACUUGUGUAAACUGAUUGGGAAAACGAUGUCGGUCUUGCGUAGAUUUUCCUCGAUCCACUUGUCUGCUCGCUGGUCGAGUUCCUCGUCAAACUCGGCAUGCCACGCGCCCACCUUGCCUGAUUGCAAAAUCAGAAUCAAAUUUUUUUAUUCACUGUUUGUGGCACUUUUUCAAUGGGUUCUUUUCUCUGGCAUGGGUUUUAUUUUUAGAAUAUUAAAAAUAUUCAGUUGUUUUGGCAAAAUUUAAAAAAAAUUUUGCAUUGAUUCGUGCUAAUUGAUAAAAAAAAAAAAAAAAAUAA